GUAAGGUUAUAUUUUUAUUUAUUUUUAUUUCAUGUUCAGAACUUUUAUAUUAACACGUGUAUUUUAGAAUUCUUUAAAUGGCAGAAGUUAUGUCCAGCUCCGACAAGAAACAAGUAGAAUAUUUAGUGGUAGAUACUUCUGCUUUUAUUCAAAAUGCUCCACUUCAUGAAAUUGCAGAAAAUUUAAUAACUUGUCAGGAUGUUUUAAACGAAGUUACUAAUAAACGACAGUUAAGAAGACUCAUUACAUUACCUUACAACUUGGUGUAAAAGAUGUUUUCCCCAGAGAAUAUUAAAUUUGUUACAGAUUUUUCUAAAACUGGGGAUUAUCCCAGUCUAUCCGCUGUUGAUAUAAAGGUUAUAGCUCUAACCUACCAACUGGAGAAAGAGAAAUGUGGUUUAAAACAGCUGAGAACAGAACCUACUCUACCAAGACCUACCACUGAGAGUAUUGUAAAAGAAAUAGAUCCUGAUAUAACAGGUUUCUUUAUACCUAAUGAAAAAGGAGUUUUUGAAAAGGACAAUUCAGAUAACAAACAGUUAUUAAAAGAUGAAAUACAAUCUACUAAUACAGAUUUGUUAGACAAUAAUAUUAAAAAUACAGAGAUCACAACAACGAUAGAAACCUCUCAGCUUGAGCCCAUAAAUUGUGGAGUUGAUGAUUCUGAUAAUGAAGUGCUAAUUCCAGUUGAUCCAAAUAUUUCAGAAAACAGUUUAAGUGAUAGUUGUGAAGAUGAAGAUGACGACGAUAGUUGGAUUAAUCCUUCAAACGUACAUUUAGCUAGAAAACAGGUCAACUCACAAAUUAUUGAAGAGAAAUAUGUCAAAGUUGCAUGCAUGACCACAGAUUUUGCAAUGCAAAAUGUUUUGAAACAAAUUAAUCUAAAUGUUUCAGCAUUAGAUGGUCGAAUUAUAAGGCAACUAAGGACUUAUAUUUUAAGAUGUUAUGCUUGUUUUAAAACCACUAGUAUAAUGACUAAAAAAUUUUGUCCUAAAUGUGGAAAUGACACUCUCAAAAAAGUUGCAAUAUCAGUGAAUGAGAAUGGUGCAAUGCAAAUUCAUAUUAAUCCCAGAAAACCUUUAAGUGGUCGGGGCAAAAUUUAUAGUUUACCUAGAAUAAAGGGUGGAAAACAUCCUAACAAUCCCAUUAUAGUUGAAGAUCAGCCGAUCCCUGAUAAUAAACCAAGUAGAUUAGCAAGAACAAAAACCAAUGCAUUAGAUGAUGACUAUAUAGCAGGUUUCUCCCCAUUCGUAAUGAGAGAUGUCAACUCUAAAUCAGCACAGCUGUGUAUACGACCUAAUGCGGAAUUCAAACAGUGGAUGAAGAGAAACCCCAAUGAGUCACGAAGAAGAAGAAAAUAAAUUCUAUCUAGUACAUUCUAUAUUUUGUUACAGAAAAAUUAACAACAUAUAAAUAAUAUAAUAAUUAUUUGUAGGUUUUUGAAGUACAUCUCUGUAUACAAGAUAAAAA